ACCCUCGGCCUCCUCCUCCUCCUCCCACCGCAGAAACCGCAGUUCAUCGAUUUAGCUCUGAAGAGAAGCACCGGGAGUAGAAAUCCAAUCGAAUGGCGAAUGCUGCCGACGUAGAUGCGCUGGAUUUUGAGCCUGAUGACGAUGAUCUCAUGGACGAAGAUGCCGCUGUUGACGUCGACGCCUCUUCUCCGAGAACUUCCACUCCAAUCCCUAAGCUUAAAUCGGCCAUCACUGGUGGCGCUGUCACCGUUGCUUCUUCUAUUCCUAGGAAAACUAAAAGACGUGGAUUCUGUGAAGAAACUGAUGCCGAACGUAAUAAUCGUAUGUCUGGUCAUUUUGAUUCUCUCGAUUCAGAUGGCGUCCCCGGUCCUGAACGAUGGGAAAAUGGACUAUGGCAUGUAUGCAGAAAGACCGACACAAUUGGUGAAGGGUUUGUAAGGAAAACUUUGGUCAUUGAUUUUGUGGAUGUCUUGACGGAGAGAAAGUGUUGGGAUGCAGAGGGAAUGAAAGGCCAAGAAAAAUCAACAAAAAUGUGAUAGGGAAAAUGGUGGAGUAAAAUUCACUCUUAAGCCAUACUAGUGUUUUUCUUUUAAAGUUUAUGAUGCAUCACUUACUCUCUCUUUUCUUUGUUUCAUGCCCCUCUCUCUAUCUAUGUAUGUGUGUUUUUUAGAUG